AUGUGGAAGAUUUUGGCCAGGUCACUUUCUUCCCAAACACCUAAGUCACUUAUCGAGAGGGAGCUUUAUCAGGUUAUCAUCUUUUUCAUACUCAAAAUUUCAGAUUUUUAGGGAAAUUCCGUGGUUCGAUUGAUUUUGAAUGAUGGAAAAGUCAACGCGUUGUCUCUCGCAAUGGUUAACGAGCUUCAUGACGAGCUCUGUGCCAUAAAUAAGAUUGAUAAGGUUUUUUUCAGUUUUUUAGAACUUUUUAACGAAAUAAUUGAAGGUUCGAUCAGUAAUCAUUGCACACCAUGGGCCAGCUUUCUCUGCCGGGCAUCAAAUUAAAGAAUUGGUAUUUUGAAAAUGCUAUAAGUAAAGGUAAAAGUUAAGGUGUGCAGACGACGGCUUCUGGCUCCGGAACUCACAAUAAAAUUUUCGAAAGGUGCGGCGACAUGAUGAUGUUGAUUCAGAAGAUGAAAGUUCCGGUGAUAGCUGAGGUUAAUAUUUUUCAUUAGUUUUGUGUUGCCGUGAAAUUAAUAUGAAUUUAAUGUGAAUUUUUAAAAUAAAUUGAGCAUCUUUGCUUUCGAAUUUUUUCUUUUAGAAUAAGCUAAUCGCAAAGAUGAACAGCAUUUUUUUUGCAGUUCAAAAUUGUUCAAAAUCCCUCCAAAAAGUGCCACUGAACUUGUUUUUCAGGAAUUUCUUGUUUUUUUUUUCGGUUUCUAUGGAAAAUAUCAACAAAGUUCUCUCGAACUUUCUCUCUAGUUAUUGAACUAUUUUAUUAAGGUGAACGGAACUGCAGCGGCCGCCGGAUGUCAGCUCGUGGCUGCCUGUGACCUCGUCGUGGCAGGGAAUUCCUCAAAAUUCUUGGUUCCAGGGUUCGUUUCCUUUUUUUCAUUUAUGAAUAAAAGAAAUUUUUUUGUAAUAAAAUUAUUUUUCAAGACAAAAGAUCGGUCUUUUUCUGUUCGACGCCAGGAAUUCCUCUGGCUCGAGCCGUUCCUCGAAAAGUCGCCCUCGAUAUGCUUCUUACCGGAGAACCUAUCGAUGCCCAAGGUAAAUUAUAAACUUUUUUUGAAUGUUGGAAAAAGACAUUUCUUUUUUUCUCAGAAAUGAUAUUGCACUUUAACAACUACCUUUUCUAACAAAAUAUACCAUUGUUUAGCCGCCCUACGUGCCGGCCUCGUCUCCAGGCUCGUUGAAGACUGUCAGGUAGGAAAACUGAGUUUUUUUAAAAAGUUACAAAACUUUUUGAAGACCGGAAUAGAAAUGUUUAUAAUAAGUAGGUGAUAUGAAUUUUUGAAAAAAAUUCUUUGACGGAAAUUCAGCUUAUCGUUUUUUUGACAGGAAAUUUUUGAACAGUAAUGAAAUUUUUUUAUUGUAAGCCCAUCAAAAAUUUCAAUUAUACAGUUCAGAAAAAAAUUUUUUUGAAAAACAGAAACAAACAAUGGUGAUAGAUGUACAAACGAAGUUUUUUUAUUCUCGGUGUUCUCCGAUCCUAGAAAAUGUAGCUUUUUAGAAGGCAUAGGGUGAUAAAUAAGCUCAAAAUUUUGAGACUCAAUAGAAUAAAUUCCAAUCGAAAAUAUGCAAAUUACAAGGACAUAUUAGCGAAAUCUCGCAUAUUUUGAGAGCUUUUUGACGUUUUCUGCAGUUCAGGUGAAAUUCGAAGCUCUGAAAGUGGCUGAACGAAUCGGGGCUCACAGUCGGUCGGUGACCGCCCUGGGCAAGGCGUUUUUCUACGCCCAGGUGGAACUCAACACGGCCGACGCCUACAGGUUCGAAAACUUCAGAAAAUGUUGACACAAGCUAGAAUUUUCGGAUUUUUCUGAUUACUGUACUUAACUAAGUCUGCGAUAUUGCGUGCGUGAACAUGGCAUAAAGCUUGCCCAACUGAUAAUAAAAGCUUACUUGCUUCGAAGAAAAAAAUUGGAAAAUCGAAAUUGAAGGGGAUAACCUCCCACUCCGAGAGCACGCACGCAAUAUCGCAGACUUCGGUAAUACAGUACCCUUCUCAUUAUCGGAAAAUAUAUGUUUCCUUCAGAUACGGAGCAAAAGUGAUGGCGGGCAACUUGAAGAUGCAAGAUUGCCAGGAAGGAAUCGACGCCUUCCUGACCAAACGACACCCGGAAUUCACCGGGUCUGAGGCUUUAGUGAAGGAUUCCAACUCCAAAGAAUAA